CCAUUACUGUCCCGUGGAUUACAGUAAUCUAGUCUCUCUGCCGUUGGCGCCAGCGUGGUCCCCUGUCCUCACACAAAGGAAGAUGGAGCAGAGCAGGCGGUGCGUUCUGUUGGUGCUUCUCCUGGUGACUGAAGGUCUGAUUCAAGCUCAGUCACAGGAGGAGCAAGAGGUAACUAAGCCCUGGACAGCUAAAGCCUGUAAGUGUGACUGUGAUGGGGAAUCACCGACUGAAUUGAGUGGCAUCACAGCGUAUGGCUCCAGCUUCCCAGGUGACUGUAUGCCAGAGUGUCCCUACCAUAAGCCCAUGGGGUUUGAAGCAGGAUCGGUGUCUCCAGAGCAGAUAAGCUGUCCCAACGAGGACCAGUACAUUGGAUGGUUCUCCUCCUGGACGGCCAGCAAGGCCAGACUGAACAGCCAGGGCUUUGGAUGUGCAUGGCUGUCCAAGUACCAGGACACGAACCAGUGGCUGCAAAUCGAUUUUAAGGAUGUGAAGGUGGUGUCUGGAAUCCUGACUCAAGGACGUUGUGAUGCUGAUGAGUGGAUCACCAAAUACAGCGUCCAGUACCGCACCAACGAGAGCCUCAAUUGGGUCUACUACAAAGACCAGACCGGCAACAACAGGGUAUUCUAUGGGAACUCGGACCGGUCCUCGACGGUGCAAAACCUGCUGCGACCGCCCAUCGUGGCCCGCUACAUCCGCCUGCUGCCCCUGGGCUGGCACACACGCAUCGCCAUCCGCAUGGAGCUCCUGAUGUGCAUGAGCAAGUGCACUUGAUCCCAUCACCCCCACCCCUCCUGCACCCUCACUAUCCCCCAACCCCCCCCGCCCACAGUCACGCA